AUAAAUUACUUGCACUCAAUAAACCACUCUCUUUUCUAAAUCGGAAAACAUGGCAGAUAUACGUGAUCAAGCCGGCAACCCGAUUCAACUAACAGAUGAGCUCGGCCGCCCUGUUCAACUCACCGACGAGUUCGGCCGCCCCAUGCACCUCACUGGUGUCGCUACCACCGAAGAUUCAGGCCUUCAUGCCGGCACAACAAUCGGUUCUGAUCUUAAGACGCAUGAUGGUACCCACGUUGCUCCAACGAUCCCCGAGGCAGUGCCUGGUGGUGCCGGAGCUGGAACGGCAGUUCCCUGUGGUGGUGAAGGUGAAAGGCGGGAGAUUGGACGCUCAGGAAGCUCAAGCUCCAGCUCGUCGGAGGACGACGGGCAAGGAGGGAGGAGGAAGAAGAAGAAGGGGCUGAUGCAGAAGAUAAAGGAAAAGCUUCCAGGACAUAAGAACAAGGAGGAGAAAGCUCCGGAGAAGGUGUACACAGCUACUACGAAAAUAAGUGUGACGACGCCGGCAGGGCCGCUGAAUGAGCCAAAACCGGAGUUCGUAAGGGUGGAGCACCAUGAGGAGGAGCACGAGAAGAAGGGUUUGAUGGAUAAGAUUAAGGAUAAACUCCCCGGCCACCACUCUCACUAGAUUCCGAUCGACCUUGUCGCCGUUGUAGUUGGUUUAUGGAUUUCGUCGAGAUGAUGUGUUUAGCUUUUUUAGCUUUUUAGUUUUUUCUUUUUGUAUAUAUUAUAUUAUUGCUUUAUGAAUAAUAUAAGGGUGGCUUAAUGGAAAUGAAUUUAUAUAAAUACCAA